AAUAUCCUAUCACCACAUUAUCACGAGACCACGAAGCAUGCGCCGUCAGGAUGGCGCCGCCCACGGUCAGACGGGCUCCUUAUAAGGACUUCCUUCAGCCUGCAUUUCAUAGACGGUUUUCGUCAACAGCAACGGUCAUUCUCGCCAUCGCGUACUUUGAGUCUGUGCUCCUGGCGAAAUGGAACUCAUACCUCUGGACAUGGUUUCCCGUAGGACCUGCCGGUAUUCGGACUUCCUUCAUUUUUCUCUGCGGUUUGUUUGUUCUCAUUCUGAGGAUAGCUCAAUACCACGUGGGGAUCCGAAUCUCGAACUCGGGACUUGAGACCGUCCAGCAACAUGCUCUCAAGAUUCAAACAUUGGAGGCUGUCGUUUCUUACGUCCUAUCGAGCUGGCUCUUCAGCCAAACCUACCUUGGAGCGGUUCCGUCCUCGGCCAACCUCGACUGGAUCACGUACUUCAACGGGGAUCGUCCUCGCUUGAACGAGAAACCGAUAUUUUUCACCGUUCACUUUAUCAUUCUCGGCAUCUACCAGGCGGCUUCGCACAUCUACUAUGAUCAAGACCGCCUGACACUCGGCGUUGCCAAGCCUCGCAAGGAUGGAAAGACCCCCGCUGUGGACACAGGGAGCCAGUUGAAGAAGUUUGGAGAGCAGUUACCAGCGAUAUUCAGGGACUCUCUCUCUAUAUCACUCAUUACUGUCGUUCUGAGCGCUGUCCUCUACCCCAUCUUCUUGCGGUCCAUGGUCUGGGGGCUUGCUCUUUCCAUGUUCCGCCCUUUUUACAGCAUUACCCAUGUCAACCUGGUCCCGCCAACACUGCCUUUCACCUUGUGGCUGCUUCUUCGCUGUAUUUUUUCCACUUUCAUGCUAUCUUUCAUCUGGCUUUCGGGCAACACGGCCUUCUCAAUACUUCUCACCCGUGAACCAAUCAAGAAUGCAAAGCCUCUCACAUCAGACUCCAAAGAUCCCAACGGAAGUCUACUGAACGGCCUGAAGAGCAAAAAGCUUCCCGUUAAAUGUUUCGCGAUGUGGGAGCUCGGACUCAUUGCAUGUGAUUACGAUGUCAGGCGUAAAGCAAUCUAUGAAGAUAUUGACCGCAAGGAUGGGCCGGUGUGGGCGCAAAUCUUCAGGGUCUGUCUUGAGGUCAUCAAGGAGAUGGAGACGAACAUUGACAACUACGGCAAGGCGCCUACGCCUGCACCCGCAACUGAGGAAAGUUUGAAUGCGGUCCUCGACGCAAGGUUCUCUGAAGAAGCCCAGCGGGGCGGCAUUCAUGCACCGAAAAACGACUCUAUUGAGAUCAAGUCAUCGAAAAAUCCUUUCCGGGCCGAGGUGGAAAAGUAUGUCGACAAGCUAGCAAGGGACCCCAGCAGGGCAUCUCGCCUUGACGACGUAGGAAAGGCUGCUGGAGAGGCUAAACAGAAACUUCUCGAGAUGAGGGACCAGCUAGCAGUCUCCGACGACCCUCAAUACCCAUUUCAGCAAUACAUUCGCAACAUACUCAGCUCGCCUGUCGGCUGGCCACUCCGGCAGGACUUUAGCAGAAGACUGACCGCAGCUGUUUUUGGUGGUCCCUACGGCGAACCUAGCUUGUUCGUCAACGCCACAGUGGCGCUCAGUCAGUUGGCUGUUCGCAGUCUCCAAGAGGACAAAUACGGAAAUGUUCAGCGCGACGUUGCGACCAUCAUCCGAAGUCUUACAUCUGUCACGCAGAAGUUGGACACGUUCAAAAACAGUCUGCCAUUCCAUUGGACAGAUGUUCAGAAGCAUAGGUUUUGCCCUGAAGUAGAAAUUGUGCUAGAGGCACUUAGAGAUGGCCUCUCGGAACUGGUUCUGAACUUUGAACCAUACAGGCGGGAUUUAAGGCUUAGCCUGACGGACAUGCGCCUGGCCCGUGAGGCGAUAGGGGUUGCAGAGACGGGAAUCGAGCCUACGCCCAAAGCGAAACGGGCAGCCAAGCCGCCCGCUCCCGAAAUGCAAGAACUGAGGUAGGAGCAGGAGGAUCUUGAGUGCCUGACUGCAUGGAUGGCGUAAUGAUGGAGUUGAUUUAGAUACAAAAAGCAGAUCAUUUUCAAAACUAGCAUCAAUCAAACGUGACGGAUAUUUUCGAGA